GUAUAUGCGUUCAUCCCACAAAUUCACAACUGACAAAGUGACAAGCGGAAUAAGUCAUUGGUAGUUAACCAUUCCAGAUUCCAGAAUUAACAAGUAAAACUCCCGGAAUAAACCCCAAUUUCCUUGUAAUCUCAAUGGAUGCUUAUGUUCAGACGAAGUUACUUGAGGAUGUGUUUGGAGAUUCAUCUGAUGAAUCUUCUGAUGACAAACUGAGUGAUUCACCACCAUUAACAAACCCUAAUUACCUUUUAAUCUCAAUGGAUGCUAAUGUUCAGAGGAAGUUGCUUGAGGAUGUGUUUGGAGAAUCAUCUGAUGACAAACUGAGUGAUUCACCACCACUAACAAACCUUAAUUCCCUUUAUUGGGAUCCCAUUUCAGAAAUCAAUGGCUUGUGGAUGUGCAGGGACUUCCUUUCCCUUCAACAACAAUCUUCUCUUCUCUCGUCCAUUCAAGCUGAAGGAUGGUUCAUAGAAGCUUCUCACAACCAGGCUAUGAGAUUCGGGGACCUGCCAUUCUGGGCACUUGAGCUUUCUAAUCAAAUCCAUGAGGUUGUCUGUUUGGGGGACGAGGAAACAAAAAAUCACGAUAAUGACACGUGUUUAAUGCCUCCUCAAUUGCUGCACAGAGCUCCAUUCUUUGAUCAACUUAUUGUAAAUGUAUACCAGCCCGGAGAGGGUAUAUGUGCACAUGUUGAUCUGAUGCGGUAUGAAGAUGGGAUUGCUAUAGUCUCCUUGGAAUCAUCUUGUGUGAUGCACUUUUCACCCGUUGAGAAGGACGGAGAAGUUCCUUCAGCAACGAAGAUUCCUGUACACCUGACCCCAGGAUCACUAGUUAUUAUGUCGGGAGAAGCGCGCUAUCAUUGGAAGCAUGAGAUAAAUCGGAAACCAGGAUUCCAGGUUUGGCAAGGACAGGAACUCGAACAGAAAAGGCGGACUUCUAUAACUCUCAGGAGGCUUUGCAGCUCUUAGUCAUUUUUCUCGGUUUUGCCAUUAACUCGAAACAGCUUCCCCUUCUUCCUCGGCAUAUUGGUGAGACUUUGGGAAUUUUGGGGGCGUUUGGUAUAUGGGAAUGGGAAUUUUUGUGUAAAAAAGAUAUACUUCUGUUUCCCAUCAUUAAAACAAAAGAAAUGUAAAUAGUAGGAGUAUUAUUAUUGUAAUUUUCAUAUGCUCCCAUUUUGAUCUA